AUGCCGCCCAAGAGGAAAGCCGCAGAGCAGUCUUCCGCGACAGCGAAGCCUGCCAAGAAGCCGAAGGUCGCGACCAAGGAAGUUGCUGCCAAGCCAACCAAGUCCUCGGCUAAAAAGCCUUCGGCCAAGUCCGUCGCCGCGCCUAAAGCCAACGCUGUACCGGCGGCCAAAGCCGUGCCAGCGACUAUUCCUGCUGCAGCGCCCAUUGCCAAAGCAGUCGCUCUCAAGGACGUCGCGGUUGCGUCUACCAAGGCGUCUGUCAAGCCAGUAUACGCCGGCAAGUUCGACUGGUUCUCGACCCGCAUCUCUGUUCUGCACAGCGAGUUCCUACCCGCUGGCGCGCGCAAACCCCGCUAUCCCGAGCUAUACGCCGCGAUCCUCGAGUUUCAAGCCAAGCCGAAGUACACCGGUCGCCUCGCUCUUGCGGCAUCCGGCGCGACUGGCGCGUACGACUGUCGUGAGAUUGAGAACCCCAUGAGUGGAGAACCUCCCGAUGACCCCAUCUACGUCUAUAACGGGGAGCAGUCGGAUGUCAGUCUCAGUGGAAAAGAGAUGCCUGAGGGCCAAGAGGGCGCUGCUGGCAACUUCAAGCACGGCUUCCAAUGCGAUCUCGAGAUGGACGUCGGCGCUUCGGGCGGGUGUAGCGUGGGUAUGAUCUCCAAGAUCAAAGGAGAUUUCAAGAUGCACCGCGUUUGGUGUGAGGGUGACAAGGAGCUCUUCGAGGGAUACAUGAGGGUCACUGUUACGCAUGGCGCGACGCUGCGUCGUAAAGGUCACCCUGCGAGUGCAAACUUGGCCUCACCGAUAUGGGCGGUUCGUGCGCGUCGCAAUGAGAAGGGUGAGGAGAUAGGUAUAGAUGAAGGUGAUGGCUCGUUCGUGGGCAGCGGUGGCGGCGGGUCGAACAACUUCGAUUUUGACUUCGACGAUGACGAGGAUGAGUUUGACGACGACUACGGCUACUAUUAA